GUACUUUUUCGUCCGUUGAGCCGUGCGCGCGUGGUCGUCGUCGUCGCCUUGGAUUCGGAAGCUGUUAUAAGGUGAUAGAAAACCAACAAUGACACCCAACACCAAGAACGGUUCCGCACUGUGCGAACAGUCGCAAAGUUAUCUGCAGGGCCCACGGGACAGACCCUUCCUGUACCGAACCAUCGGUCAGCACCUGCGGGAAGCCGCCGACCGGUAUCCCAACCACGAGGCCCUGGUGUCGCUUCACGAGGGCCUGCGCUACUCGUACGCCGAGGUGCUGGACCGCGCCGAUCGACUGGCAGCGGGUUUUUAUCUGCUCGGUCUCCAGAAGGGCGAUCGCGUCGCCAUUUGGGCCCCCAACAGUGCGGCGUACUACUUGAGCACGCUGGCCGUGGCCCGUGCCGGGAUGAUUUCGGUUGGCAUUAAUCCGGCGUACCAAAUUCCAGAACUUGAGUACGCUCUGAACAAGGUUGGCGUAAAGGCGUUGAUCACGAUCGAGUGCUUUCGGGAGCGAAACUACUACGAAAUGUUGAUGGAGUUGCUUCCUGAGCUUGCUGCAGGGUCUCCGGGGAACCUCAAGUGUUCCCGCGUGCCAACGCUGAAAGCGGUCAUAAUUGAUGCUGAAAAUAUGAGAUACCCCGGCAUCAUUUCCGCCCACGAACUUUUGCGCCUCCCAUCGGAUCAGCAAGUACACGCGAUCGAGUCCAUCCAGUCGCGCAUUUGCCCGGACAGUGGCGCCUGUUUGCUUUUUACCUCGGGAACAACCGGCAAGCCGAAGGCCGCUCUGCUGUCUCAUUUCGCACUGAUCAACCACAGUGUAACGAUCGCCGAGCGGAAUGAUCUGGGGAGAAAAAUGCACCGAGCCUGCGUUCAUAUUCCACUGUUUCACGUGUACGGACUAUCGUUUGGGGUGUUGAGUGCGCUGAGUUAUGGCACUACGGCGGUUCUGCCGGGGUAUUGGUUCAACGCGAGUGAUUCUUUGAACGCGAUCGCUCGGGAAAAGUGUACCGUCAUGUACGGGACGCCGACAAUGUACGUGGACCUGCUGCGGGAGUAUCGCAAGGGAAUGGUCAACCUGCACCGGAUGGAUCUGGCGAACUACGCUGCGGCCUGCUGUUCACCCCAGUUGAUUCUGGAGUUGGAAAGUGUCAUGGGUAUUCGGAAGGUGCUGGCCGCUUACGGGAUGACGGAGCUGUCCGGGGUGACGUUCAUGAGUCAGGCUGAAGAUUCGACGCAGACCGCGUUGGAAUCCGUUGGGAGGAUCGCCGAUCAUUACGAGGCCAAGGUGGUUGAUCGGGAAGGGGGCAUCGUCCCGUUUGGGACCCCGGGAGAGCUGUGGGUCCGGGGAUUCGGUAACUUGCUCGGUUAUUGGGGUGAUGAAGAUAAAACCAAGGAAAUUAUGGGUCCAGAUGGGUGGCUCAAAACUGGUGAUCAGUUUGUGCUGCGACCGGAUGGGUACGGAAGAAUCGUCGGACGGAUAAAGGAGCUGAUCAUUCGGGGUGGUGAGAACAUCUACCCGAGGGAAAUCGAAGACGUGCUGAACACUCACCCGGCCAUCCUGGAAUCACACUGCAUUGGAGUGCCAAAUGAGCGGCUUGGGGAGGAGGUUUGCGCUUACAUCAGGUUGAAGGAUUCGGAUGGCAUGAUCGACAUGGAGGAAAUCAGGAGUUUUUGCAAGUUUAAGCUGGCGUACUUUAAAAUUCCCAAACAUUUGAGGAUUGUGCAGCAGUACCCGAAAACGCCGACCGGCAAGGUGCAGAAGUAUGAACUGUUGAAGCUGUUUUUGAGUGAGAACAAAGAAAAUGUCAAUUAAUUAUUUUUAUUUGAUGUUAUAAUAUAUAAGAAGCACCUUA